AUGCACCUCACAACUCUCCUCACGGGCCUUGUAUCCCUUCUGUCCAUCGCCACUGCCAUCCCAAUGGCAAGCGAGACACCAACUUCUACAACCUCCGUGGGAAAGUCCCUCAUCUCGCCCUCGAGCUCUGCCUCGGCUUCACCCACCCCCUCGCCCAACCCUUACGAGGCUUACACAUGUCCUCCGGGUAAGUUCAAGUCUUGCUGCAUGUCUGUGCAGCAGACGGGCAAGGACAUUGUCAAGUCGCUUGGCGAGUUAGUGCCAGUUCUCGGUGGGGUGCAAGUUAGCUCGGCUAUAGCUUUCCAGUGCAAGAACAUGACUGAAAUAGAGGCUCCUGAUACCUGCACCGGGAAAGGUUAUAACCCCAUGUGCUGCAAUACCCAGAAUGAUGGUACCUCCUUCAACACCUGCAAGCCUUUCGAGGAUGUGAAGAGGGCUUAUUAUUCGAACCAGAUGAAGGAUGUUCCAGAGUCACAGGCUGAUAUGAUCAUGGACAUUCUCACUUAA